AUGAGAAAAAAAACUCUCCCGCAAUUGUCUCCUCACCUCCUUUCUUCCCGCCCUUCUUUUAAGCUUAAUUCUCUCCAUGCCACUCAUUCUCAAAGUACUUGGUCACCUCCAUCUUCCAUCUUCCUUCUUCAUCUUUCAUUCAGAUACAAAAAGCAUGCAAGGUUUUGUUGACUAUCGCCUCUGAUGGCAUCUCCGACCACAAAACCUCCUGUGAAAUUUGCUCGUCGGACUUCGAGUGGCCGUGUUGUCAGCCUUUCUCGUGAUGAUGACAUUGACAUUUCACUUUCCGGUGAAUUUACAGCCAGCACUUCUGGUGGUCCUAAUGAUUACAUGAACUACACUGUUCUCAUGCCCCCCACUCCCGACAACCAACCUUACUUUGCCUCUUCUGGCGCUUCAACCUCGAAACCCGAUGACCAUCCUCUUCCACCUUAUGGGCAAAAUGCCAAACGACGAGGUGGUGGUGGAGGUGGAGAAGAUGGAAGCACUUCAGGGGCAAAGAUGGAGCGGAUGAUGUCGGUGAUGAAUUCAACCAAGUCAAUGUUGCUUCGUAGCCAAACAGGAGACUUCGACCACAACCGAUGGUUGUUUGAAACCAAAGGUACUUAUGGCAUUGGGAAUGCUUUCUGGCCACAAGACAAUGGCAAUUUUGCUGAAGAAGGUGAUGGAGUUUGCAUGACUGAUUUUUUGGACAAACCAUGGAAACCACUCACCCGAAAAGUCAGGAUCCCUACAGGAAUUCUCAGUCCUUACAGGCUUCUGAUGAUGGUUCGGCUGGUGGCCUUGGUGUUUUUCUUGGUAUGGCGAGUGUCUAACCCAAAUGAAGAUUCAAUGUGGUUAUGGGGGUUAUCCAUUGUGUGUGAAUUAUGGUUCGCCUUCUCAUGGAUAUUAGACCAACUUCCUAAACUAAACCCUAUCAAUCGAGCGACUGAUCUUGCUGCACUUCAAGAAAAGUUUGAAACCCCAUCCCCUUCAAAUCCUCAUGGUCGUUCAGAUCUUCCUGGCAUUGAUGUAUUCAUCUCCACAGCUGACCCUGAGAAAGAACCUCCUUUAGUCACUGCUAACACCAUCCUCUCAAUUCUUGCCACUGAGUACCCAGUCGAGAAGAUUUUUGUUUACAUAUCUGAUGAUGGUGCUGCAUUGCUAACUUUUGAGGCUAUGGCUGAGGCUUCUAGCUUUGCUCAAGUCUGGGUUCCUUUUUGCCGCAAGCACAACAUUGAGCCUCGCAAUCCAGAAAGUUACUUUGCAUUGAAGGGUGACCCUACAAAGAAUAAGAAAAGACCAGAUUUUGUCAAAGAUAGACGAUGGAUCAAAAGAGAGUACGAUGAAUUCAAAGUGAGGAUUAAUGGUCUCCCAGAUGUGAUUAGCAGGAGAGCUAAAUCAUUAAACAAUCGUGAACAGAAGAAAGAGGUGAAUCUUGCUAGAGAAAGAGGUGAGCCUGUUGAUACUGUUAAAUUUGUUAAGGCUACUUGGAUGGCAGACUGCACACACUGGCCUGGCACUUGGGCUGUUCCCUCUAAAGACCACUCCAAAGGCGACCAUGCUGGUAUUCUUCAAGUGAUGAUCAAAAUCCCAGAUCACGACCCUGUUUAUGGCAAUCCAGGUGACCACCAAUUCAUAGAUUUCACUGGAAUUGAUACCAGGUUACCAAUGUUCGCUUACGUCUCCAGGGAGAAGCGUCCUGGUUAUGAUCAUAAUAAAAAAGCGGGUGCCAUGAAUGCUCUAGUCCGGGCAUCCGCUAUCCUCUCCAACGGUCCCUUCAUCCUCAACUUCGAUUGUGAUCACUAUAUCUACAACUGUAUGGCCAUUCGCGAGGGGAUGUGCUUUAUGAUGGAUCGUGGUGGUGACCGCAUUUGCUACAUCCAGUUCCCACAGCGAUUUGAAGGUAUUGAUCCGUCAGACCGCUAUGCCAACCACAACACUGUCUUCUUUGAUGGCAACAUGAGAGCACUUGAUGGCCUCCAAGGGCCUAUGUAUGUGGGUACUGGUUGUUUGUUUCGACGAUACGCUCUCUAUGGAUUUGAUCCACCACGUGCUCAUGAGUACACAGGUUUAUAUGGGCAACACAAACAACCAAUGCGGAAGGUGACGGCACAAGAUGGGGAAAAUGCUCAAGGGUCACCUUAUAUGAACCCGGAUUUGGAGUUGCCAAGAAAAUUUGGGAAUUCGACCAUGCUAAUAGAAUCUAUAGCUGUUGCAGAGUAUCAAGGUCGACCACUUGCUGACCAUCCUGGGGUGAAGAAUGGGCGGCCUCCUGGUGCUUUACUUGUACCGCGACCACCGCUGGAUGCACCAACAGUGGCAGAGGCUGUCUCGGUGAUAUCUUGUUGGUAUGAAGACAAGACUGAGUGGGGCACCCGUAUUGGUUGGAUCUACGGCUCAGUCACUGAAGAUGUGGUCACCGGUUAUCGCAUGCACAAUCGUGGUUGGCGCUCAGUCUACUGCAUAACCAAGCGUGAUGCUUUCCGUGGCACCGCUCCAAUCAAUCUUACAGACCGUCUCCAUCAGGUCCUUCGCUGGGCCACUGGCUCUGUUGAGAUCUUCUUCUCCCGCAACAAUGCUUUUUGUGCCUCUCGCCGCCUCAAAUUCCUCCAACGGGUUGCCUACCUCAAUGUUGGCAUCUAUCCCUUCACCUCCAUUUUCCUUGUUACCUAUUGCUUCCUUCCUGCCUUUUCCCUCUUCUCCGGCAAAUUCAUCGUCCAAGGCCUUGAUGCCACAUUCCUCUCCUACCUCCUAAUCAUAAGCAUCACUCUCACUCUACUCUCCCUUCUCGAAGUUAAAUGGUCCGGCAUUGCUCUCGAAGAGCUCUGGCGCAAUGAGCAAUUCUGGGUCAUUGGUGGCACCUCUGCACAUCUUGCUGCCGUCUUUCAAGGCCUACUCAAAGUCAUUGCAGGCAUUGAAAUAUCGUUCACUUUGACUUCAAAAUCCGCUAAUGAAGAUGAAGACGAUAUUUAUGCCGAUCUGUAUCUUAUAAAGUGGACAAGCUUGUUUAUACCUCCAUUGACAAUUAUCGUUGUAAACAUCGCGGCGAUUGUUGUCGGUCUUUCAAGGACCAUAUAUAGUGAGAUACCGCAAUGGGGGAAGUUGUUUGGAGGGUUGUUCUUUAGUUUUUGGGUGCUUGCUCAUAUGUAUCCCUUUGCUAAAGGGCUGAUGGGAAGGAGAGGGAGGUUGCCUACUAUUGUAUAUGUUUGGUCAGGGCUUGUGGCAAUUACUUGUUCUUUGCUUUGGAUUGCUAUUGAUCCUCCAAGUGAUACCAUCAGUGGAGGGAACAUUACUGUUUGAACUUGGACAUGGAGGGUGGUGUUUUUGUUCUUUUUGUGUGUGUG